ACGUAGUUUUGUUUCAGGUCAUAGGUCAACCAUUUCCGCGUGCUAGGCAACGAAAGGUUUGCCUCAGAAGUGAAUCGAUAAUUUCUUUUUAUAAUUCAUCCAAUACUGAAGUAACUUAAUCGUCGCAGGUAGCAGGACAGGGCUCGCUGGAGCUGUAUGAGUUACUGUUAGGAUGGCUUGUUCAGGAAUUAACGAGCAUCACGAGGCGAGGAGACGACAAAACCAAGCAGAGAGAAAGGCAUUAGUAAAGAUGAUGCUGUUGAAGGAAAGAGACAACGGAUUAGAUGCCUGCCAGUUAAUUCAGCCUCCUCCGAGUUCUUACGAAGCUGAAGUCACACAUCUACGAAAAUUGGGCAGUCCUCCAGGAAUGACAGGAGUUGGUCACGACCCCUUAUCUACAGACAGGCAAAGAAGAGAAGAUCUAAGACAACAACAAAUUGUAGAAUAUUCGGCUAAACUACCGAAAAGAUUCAAUUCAAUAGAUUACAAAAGUCAGUGGUGAAAGCAGACCUAAAGCACACAGAUAACGGACAUGGUUGGGACAACCUUCUGAUGGUGGCCCACACUUGUUGUUUUUAUACAGCAAACGUCAAACAGAAAAUUCAAAGGCCGUCGUUUUACAGUUUUUUUUGAAUAUUUUUUUUCUCACUUGAAAUUUUUGUCAAUUUUUCUAAGCAAACCACUAUUAAAAAUAAUACGACACUUUAAACAAGAUACACUGCUUGUUAAGUUUCUUUAUAUUGGGUUUUCUUUUUGGAAAAGGAUUUUUUUUAGAAGUUAUGAAUCUAUGAAAGAAUUGUUUAUAUCCAGAUAUUAUUUGAUUUGAAAUCAACUUCAUAUUUCCAUUUCAUGAAUGAAAUGUUUUUACAAUGGGGAAUGCAAUCAUGUGUGAAGAUGCUUCAUCGUUUCCAUAGUUUUGUGCUCAACUGUAUAUCACGGUGAUAUUUAUGGACAUCUCAUUUUAAAUUGAUUCACUUAUCAAGAAAAUUAACUUUGUUUUCCUAUCUGAAUACAGUAUAUUCACAAAACUGAUACUUGAAAAAAUCCGGAGCUUCACAUCAGUAUUCAGUAAUUGAUCAAUUGAGAUCACAUUGAUCAGUUAUUUUUUCUCCAAAUCGUCUGUGAAUUUGAAAGAGAUAACCUAUUCAGAAGUCCAUUGCUGAAUUAUAUUGAGAUUCUUAUCGGUAAAUUGUUAUCUAUAAAGGGAGAUAACUUAAAAUUCCACCAAUGCAUCAGAACAGAUGAUAUUUUUUAAAGAAAUUGUUUUUCUUGGUACAAACUGUGAUUUCUAAAAAGAUAAUUUAUAGAAGUAUUUCCAUGGAUUUAAAUGCUUUGUCAUGCCAGCACCAAACCAAGCAUGUAAAAGGAUUGAAGUUAUAAAAAUAUUUAAUUUCUUUAGUGGUUAAAUGUUAUAUACCAGUGCACAAGCGUGGUAUUGUGAUAUAUAUAUAUAUAUUUAUUCACUUUGUAUUUUUCUUUCACUUGUUAUAUUUUUUUGUGUUUAUUUAUUAUAAUUACCCAUCAGUAUUAUUUUAUGCAUGCCUUCCUUUUAAAACUCUGCUGAUGUGAUCAGACUUGUAAACCACGUUUGCCCAACCCCAAACAUUUUCAUCUUGCAUUGCUGUUCAGUGGUUAAUUGUCGUCAUUAAAUAUUACUUUGGGGCUCAAAAGAAUUCUAUACUAAUAUUUAGAUAGGUCUAAAAGUUUGAUCCUAUUUGACUUAUUGCCAUGCUAGCAGUAUUAUAUAGUAGCAUUGUUGUUUUCAAAAUAAUAAAGAUAUUUACAUCAUAAUAAAUAUUUAAAUGUUGUUGUUUUUUUAACUUUUUAUACCUUAUAACGGAGGUGAAGGCCUAAUUAUUUUAAUGUUUGAAGUAAGAAUAAUGAAAUUAUUUCUGAGAAAACGUUAUUUGAUCUUUUGAAGUAUGCAUGUAUUUGGUUUUUUUUGAAAAUCUAUUAUCAAAUGAUGUUGUGUUUUUGUCAAUGUGUGUCAAUAAAUUGGUUUAUUGGUGAAA